ACGUAUAUGUAUCAGUAUCGAUAGUGCCGAAUGGUCUUUUCCCUUUCAAUGAAUCAUUUCACCGAAUGUUCUUUGUAAUAUAAAGUGUUUGUGACCACAAGAAAAAUAGGUUGAUGUUUGAACAAAAGCUUCAGUUAUACCGAUUCAAUUGUUUUCAAAGUAUAACUGUUUAUACAUAUUGCGUAAAAGAUCUUUUUCUACGCAUACCACCAGUUAUAUGUGUAUUGUUGGUAUAUAACACCUUAAACAAUGACAAAUACAAUUCAAAAAAUUGAUGAUUCGUUCACAGACGAUUUAAAAUUCUUUUCAAUGAUAGAUGAUACCACAAAAGAGUGGCUUACUUCAUUAAAUCAUAUAUGGCAAUUAUGGAAAAAAUGUGAUAGUGUAAGCAAAACAUUAAUAGAAUAUUUUGAAAGUGCACCAAAUCCAUAUUUAAGCACAAUACGAAUAUUAGUAAAUACUUCAGACUUUAAAUAUAUGAAAACAAAUUCAUCGUUAGCAUUUGCAGUCAUUGAAGAAUAUAUAAAAUGGUUAGAACCAAAAAAAGACCAGUACAAACAUUUCUUAGUGUUAGAUUUAAAAUUAGCAGCAUUUCAAUUAGUCAAUUCACAGAACAACAUGGAAUUCAUUAAGAUGGUUGCAGUUACAUAUGAAUUUGUAGAACAUAAAGAGGAAUUUCUUAGUAUAAUAAAGAAAUUGGUUCAUGAAAAAAAAUAUAAAAAAGCAGCACAGUAUGUAGUUAUGUUACAGUUGCAAGACUAUUUUGGAGAUCCAGAAUCUUUAUUACUACCGCUUAUGCUACAAAAUAAAUUAACAAUAGUGGAAGAAGUUUUGGACAAUUGUCCAGAAAUGCAAAAGGCCCUGGUCACCUAUCUGGAUAACUUAAUUGGACCUGAUAAUGCUAUGCACGUUACAUUAGAUGAGAUAAUUAUGAAAGAUAACAUACCAGAUGUGAAGAUGUCAACAACACAAGUCAAACCAAUGACUAAACUAAUAGCGCGUUUUGUUAAGUUGUAUAAUCUUCCACCUGAAUUUUGUCCCAAUUUAAAUAAAAAACGAUGCGAAGGUGCUUUACAGUUCCUGAUACAUAAACGUUACGUGGAUUGUAGUUUAAGUACUGCAAGCUGGAGGGAAAUGGUACAGGAGACAAUUGGAGGAGAUGAAAAGUUACAGCUUCACAUGAUAAGAUUAUUAAUUAAUGCAAAAGAUGCAAAAGAAGGUUUGUAUUGGGCAAAAAAAUUUGAUAUACCUAAAGAGCAAUGGCCAUGGGCAAUUACAUAUGAAGAUGAACACAUUGAAUCGGAAGGAAUAAAUGAAGGAGCUUCCAGUAGCCGAGUUAACAUAAACAGUGAUGAACUCACUGAGGAUAUUAUAAAUUGUCAUGAAUUGAAAUUGGCAAGAAAUUCUAUUAAAAUAAUAGAUAAUUCACGAAGUUUCGAAGAAUUUCUUGACACUGGGUUUAACGGUGUCUAUAUUGUUGGUAUUGAUUCAGAAUGGAAGCCUUGUUUUGGUACGAAGCAGACUGAAUUAGCUUUAAUACAAAUAGCUACUGAUAAUAAUGUAUACAUCUUAGAUGUAACUACAAUGGGAAAUGAUUCAGAAGAUUUGUGGUCAGAACUUGCUUUAAUUUUAUUUGAAAACAAAAAUAUUUUAAAAUUAGGUUUUGGCAUAGCGCAAGAUAUGACAGUUAUGCGGGAUAGUCUACCUGCUCUAUCUAAAGUAAAAACGUAUGGGCCAGGAUAUUUAGACAUAGUUCAUUUAUGGCAGAAAUUGGUAAAUGACUAUAAAUUUGUAUUCCCACAUGAAAGUGAUGAUCAGUUCACCAAACAAAGUUUAAGUAAACUCGUAGAACUUUGUCUGGGAAAUAGAUUGAAUAAAUCUGAUCAAUUUUCUAAUUGGGAACAAAGACCAUUACGAGAAGGUCAAAUAAUAUAUGCUGCGUUAGAUGCAUAUUGCCUGUUGGAAAUAUAUGAAGUCAUAACACGUCAAUGCGAACGUUUAGAUAUACCGUUUCCUGAUAUUUGUACGGAGUUACAACAUAUUCCACAUCGUUCACCGAAACGAAACACGAAAAAACCUGCACAGAAUCAAAAUGCAAUUGAAAAUGAUGUACCAAAUGAUAAUCAACAACAAAGAUUUAAAAAUCCAUCGCAAAGAUUUAGGAACUUUCAAAAGCCUAUGUUCCUAAACAGACAGGAUUAUCCCAACAGACAGGAUCAUCCCAACAGACAGGUUCAUCCAAAUAGACAGGAUUACUCAUACAGACAAAAUUACCCGAAUAAACAAAAUCAUCCAAAUAGACAAAAUCAUCCAAAUAGACAAAAUCAUCCAAAUAAACAAUAUUUCCCAAACAGACAGUAUGGGAAUCACCCAAACAAACAAGAUUACCCUAAGAAGCCAAUGCAUUUACAUCAUCAAAAAUAUUCAAUCCUUGAUCUAAACGACGAACCAUGUUACAUGACAAAAGACUAUAAUACAGAAACACCACAAAAUCAGCCAAUGAUUAAUAAGAAACUUAUACCAGCACAUAAAUGGCGUGUAGUUUGUGAUUCCAUGUUAGGCGGAUUAACGAGUAAGUUAAGAAUGUGUGGGUGUGAUUGUGUUCACGUUGCUUUUGAUCAAAACGGUGAACGAUCAUUAAAAUUAGCAGUGGACGAAAACAGAGUACUUCUAACUCGUAACAAGAAUGAUCUAAAAUUUUCAAAAUAUCUACCACCUGAAAGAUAUUAUAUGGUAAUAGCUGAUAGUUGCGAGGAACAGUUACGAGAAGUGUUGAAGUAUUUUGGAAUUUAUGUUACACAAAAAGACAUUUUUAGUCGGUGCCAAAUUUGUAACAAUGACGAAUUUGCAAAAAUUCCCAAAACAUUAAUGGACAAACUUGUGCAAAGCUUUGUCAAAUUAACGCGUGAAAAUAAUUAUCGCAUACCUUCAAGUUCACUAGAUUCAGUGCAUGAAAAUUCAUUAGAGUUACCAAUAACAAACGAUAGUAAUUCACGAGAUAAUUAUUAUGUAAACAACGCAAUGGAAUUGGAGGAUCGCACAUGGAAAUUAAGUGUAGAUUCUGUAAAUAUUAAUACAUGUGCAACAAAAUAUCAAGCAAGGAUACAAAUUGAUAAAGUACCGAUAAAUGUAUUAAGAAAUUUACCAGUUUUUUACAUAUGUGAACAGUGUGGACAAGUAUACUGGAGUGGAAGUCAUUUGGAACGCACACUCAAUCAUACUAUCAAAGAUAUUAUUUCCAAAUGAAUGUUGGUUACUAUUAAAAAUAACACAGUGUCAAAGCAGUGUUUAUAUGCUGCAAGCACAAAUCAAAAUUAUCUUUAUUUAUUUAAUGUUAUCAGUAAGGACUGUUCCUACAAUAUGGUACGUUAAAUCAGUACUUAGAAUUUUAAGGAUUUUUCUAAUACCUUUAAAGACUUACAUGAUCCUAGAAAGUUAUAUCUCUUUCAUUCUUACUAUUGUUAUCAUUUACUAUUAAUGUUGUUUUUAAAAAAGUUGAAUUUAUUAAUAAGCCAAACUUCGUAUUAAUUCCGUUAUAGUACUAAAAAUAUUAUUUGUUACAUAUUAGUCAGAAACAUCUAGGUACAUACUUUGUUGUUUUCUAAUGAGAUGGUGUAAGUAAGAAAACUAUAAUUUGAUAAAAACAUAAGUUGUUUAUUUCACGUGCUUUCUACUAAUUUACCAAAUUAUAUGUUCACAUUUGAUGAUUAUUUGUUUACAGUAUUAAAUAACAAAGAAUUUUUUAAAUUAUGAUAAAGACUUUUUAUUUUACAUUGAAAUUCGUUAUAUUUACACGAUACAUAAAAUAUAUACAUAUAUGUAAUAUAUUUAUCAUCUAAUAUAAAUAUGAGGAUAGUUUCAGUUCGCUGUAGGAAAUCUAAAAUAACGAAAAGUAUCUUUUUAUGUUAAACGGAAGUAGACGACUUUGCAAUGUUAACGUAUGAAUUUCAUUUCUUCUAAAAAGUAUUCUGUAAAAACUACAUUUUUACCCAAAUAAAGUUGUAAUUCUUUCACUAAA